UGGCUCAGAUAUCAGCGCUCUAAGCGCAACAGGACGCACAGGACCACAUCUCAGGAGAAAUACUUCACAGGCUCUUCUUCCGCCGCGUCAACUCGAUUCCAUUCAUUGUUAACGGUAUUUUCUCGAAUAGGAAAAGGUUGUGAGAGAAAUGAAAGCGUGGCGAGUCGGGUUCUGGGACUUUCUGGUGUUGAUCGCAGCUGUGCACAAUGUGACGUCCCUGGAAGAGGAGCUCGCCGACUCUAUUUUUGGUAACUUCCUCGAGCCUCUGAAUGACCUCUUCAACCACAAAGAUGACAGCAAUCAGUCUGUGGCCAAAUUCUCCCUCCGCAAAGCAUCCCAUCCCGACGAUGACCUGUGCUACAUUGUUCCUGGAAAGCCUGAGUCCCUGGCAGCCUGCACCUUCAACAGCACCGCCAAAACCUUUCUAGUAAUCCACGGAUGGACGUUGAGUGGUAUGUUUGAAGGCUGGGUGGAGAAGUUGGUGUUAGCGCUGUAUGAGCGAGAACAGACGGCCAACGUCAUCGUAGUGGACUGGCUCAGCUCGGCACAGAACCACUAUCUGGUCGCAGCUCAGAAGACCAGAGCAGUGGGGCAGGAGAUCGCUCGCUUCAUCGACUGGAUCGAGAAAACCACCAACAUGCCUCUUGAGAACAUCCACCUGAUUGGCUACAGCCUCGGAGCCCAUGUUGCGGGAUUUGCUGGCAGCCAUGCAACCAAUAAAGUCGGAAGAAUAACUGGUCUGGACCCGGCUGGUCCUGACUUUGAGGGGGAGCACGCCCACAGGCGCCUGUCCCCAGAUGAUGCUUACUUCGUGGACGUCCUCCACACCUUCACACGGGGCUCCCUGGGUCUCAGCAUUGGCAUCGAGCAGCCGGUCGGCCACGUGGACAUUUACCCCAACGGUGGCAGCUUCCAGCCGGGCUGCAACCUCAGGGGCGCCCUCGAGAAGAUUGCCAACUUUGGGAUGCUCGCGAUCACGGAUGCAGUCAAGUGUGAACACGAGCGCUCGGUCCACCUGUUCAUCGACUCCCUGCUGAACAAGGAGGACGCCGCCAAGGCCUAUAGAUGCGGCAGCAGCGACAUGUUCAACCGCGGCAUGUGUCUCAGCUGCCGCAAAAACCGCUGCAACACGCUGGGCUACGACAUCAGCAAGGUCCGCAAGGCGCGCAGCGUUCACAUGUACACCAACACACGGGCGUCCAUGCCUUUCAGAGUUUACCACUACCAGCUGAAGAUCCACUUCUCCAGUAAGGUGAACCGCUCAGAGAUGGAGCCUUCGCUCACUGUCUCGCUGUAUGGAGCCAAAGGAGACGCUGAGAACCUUGAGCUUAAACUAAAAGAGAAAUUAGCGACAAAUAAGACACAUUCAUUCCUGCUGGUGACCGAGAAGGACAUCGGGGACCUGUUGAUGCUGAAGUUCAAAUGGGAAGAGACAAACGGCUGGUCGGCCUCCAGCAUGUUGAAGAUGGUUUCCUCUUGGUGGUCCGGCGACUCUGACAGCGCGAACAUGGCGGUUCAUAAGAUCCGUAUUCGAACUGGAGAGACCCAGCAAAAGAUAGUGUUCUGUGUAAAAGACCCUGAAGCUCAGAGCUUAACACAGGAGGUCACAUUUGUUAAAUGUAAGGAUUCGUGGAGGACAAUCCCCAAAAGAGUAACUCUGGAGAACCACUGACCUUGAAGAAAAGAUCCAACUGUUGAAAACUCUCUGGUUCUUUUUUUUAGCACUUAAAAAAAAAUAUAUAUAUAUAAAUAAUAAGAGGUUAUUUAAAACGACGUGUAUGUAAAUUACCGUGUAAUAUUCUCUAACAUCAUUGUUGUACUUUGUUUGUUGUACAAAAAGUAAAUGUUUUCGAUAGAUAUGGAUUAUUCAGUCAGAUUAUAGUGACUGAGUCCUGAUGACUGAACAUACCAUAAUCGUUCUGGCGGUAUAAAUGUCCUAUUGUGUAAAAUACCUCUAGUUACAUUUUAAGUCAAUAUCAAGCACUGUGAACAAUAAUGUCCCCAGACGUCUGUCACCUCUUAAGAGGAGAGGAAAAUAAUGUGAAAUGUGAAUUUCUUUAGGUGUUUUAUGCAAUAGGUUACAAUUUAUUACCCAAUGGAUUAUCCAACAGAGCAUUCACCACUGUGGCUCUCAGCACAAAUCGUGACUGUGGGACCUGGAUCAGUGUGCCUUACUGGAAACAGUCGCUAAAAGAACACUUGUCUCUCAACUUGGAGCUUUCUUGCUGUUUUUAUUGUACAAACGUACAAUCCCCAACAUCCUCAAACACCCUUUUCUUUUACUGCAGCAACUCUGCAGGAAGACGUUACUCGAAAGCUGUUACCUCAAGGAAUUGCCUGACACUUUGUCUGACAUUUUUCUAUGAUUGUGUCUAAACUUUUUGAGGUAUGUGGUGUGACGUAGAGGCUGUGGUUAAUCACAAGCCACUUUUAUGCAGUCAGUUCAAACUGCAAAUAAAAGGUACAAACAUGGUAAUGGGGGGAUUAUUGUUCCACCUCUUUUUAAAUAUUAUACUGCACUAUAAGGGGGUCCUCUGAACUGCAAUGUAGCACACUCUAUAAAAGAGGCUUCAGUGUUGUGACUUUGUUUUGCUGCCUUAGUUCCUUCUGUGCUAAAGAUUUCUCCAAUAUUAACUAGUAAAUUUCCUAUAAGAAAUAUUUAAACCUCAGUUUUUUAGAGAUCGGUACUGUAAACAUUGUGAUUUCAUUUCCAACUACUUUUAAAAAGAGGAGAUAUUUCACUUUUGCACUGAAAACAUUGGACGACGUUGUACAGUAAAUUUAGUGUAAAUACCAUAAUAAUAAUGAUAAUGGUGGUUUGGUUUUGUAGUAUGGAACACUGUUAGUUAUAUGUUUUCACCUUUGGAGGAAGUUAUUCUGUAAAGUAUAUAUUUCUACAAUCUUUUGUACCAAAUGUAAAUAUUCGCUGUGCUAUAUAAAGUCUUUAAUAAACCAAAUCUGCCACCUGA